GGAGCCACGCCCAGCCUGAGUACCGGGGCAGCAUCUCAGAACCAACCAAACGGAUCAUGGAGAUGAUCCCACAUCUAUUUCAUGCAGGGGACAAAGAGCACAGCAUGCUUCACAGGUAAGAGCAAGGUUGCAAUACAAGAUGAAUUCACCAGUCGAGCAGCCUGGCAGCAGCUCAUCUCUUCCUGCCUUGCCAGACUUCACACCUGCAGCCAGAACGGUGAGGGUGGAGUCAGAGGAUGUCAAACCACCACCCGAUCUCCAAAUAAUAGUCCCUCACGAUUCACCUGUUACAUUAACAACCCCACACAGCCAGGAACCCUUUGCACAGACUGAGAAUGAAGUUGAGGAGGAGGAAGAGGAAGAAGAAUUAGUCUCUAAUGUUUACGCAGCCUCACUCUCACCCUGCCCCUCCUCCGUGCAUCUCCCUCCAUCACCUUCGGCACCCGCGUCUAGACGCAGCCUGUACGAGAGGGGUGGUGCUUUGUUUAGAAACCCUGCACUCGAGGCGGAGUCUUUGCAAAUGAUGCGAGACGAGCAUGAGCUUUUACUGGCCAAUCACAGGAAGCUCGGACAAUAUCUAGACGAAAAGCGAGAGGGGCUAAAAAGAAAGCAACAGCUAGAGGAGGAGCUCUUGAGGUCAAAGGUCAAAGUGGAGAAAAUAAGAGCUGCACGCCUACGCCAUGGACUGCCUCUAAUGUAGGAAACGCACAAAAGACAGUAAUUCUGCUGUCAUGUACAGUUUUACGUAUGACUUUUAUUUACAUUUACUUUUUUGGUCGUAGAAAAAGUAAAUGUCUUAACUCGUUGUGAAUAUGAGACUGACAUGAUUGUAUUUUUUUUUUUUUUUUUU